CCACAUUCCAAGGCAUCCUUCACAUGGGUAAAAUGAACCAGAGGGGUUAGGCAUCAUGAGAGGUGUUGCCCCCUUUGUGACCCAAAUUUUCCUUGCUGGAAUUCUAUUGUUUUAUUGUGAAAGUUUGGAUGGAUUCAUACUUCCAUGCCCAGCUUCAAACAAUUGCAAAAGGAAUGACAGAUCUCCUAGUUAUGAUAAUGUGCAUAUUCAGGAGAUAAUUGGUAAUUUCGUUGAAUUUAUUAGGUCAUCAAUUUUAAAAUUAUGGAAUAGAUUAACUAAAUCAAAUCCUCAUGAAUAUUUGGAUGAAACGGGAUCUCAUGAAAAUCUGCUGAAAAAACUGUACAAAUCAUCCAAUCUCCUUCAAGUCACCCCCAAAGCAGAAAUAACAGGGGGGGAAAGGAAAUCUCAUCAGUUGGAGAUCCAAAAGGAAGUGACUACAGAAAUUUCAGACGCUCUGGAGGUUAAUACAGGGCUGAAGGUGACUCUCAAAGGAAAAAUAAGAGAAAACAAAGAGAAAACUAAUGAGCUAGAGAUGCAGGAGGAAGUGACUAGAGAAAUUUCAGAAGCUCUACAGGUUAAUAAGGGGCCAAACGUGACUCUUAGAAAAAAAAUAAGAGAAAACAAAGAGAAAAGUCAUGAAUUGGAGAUACAGAAGGAAGUGAAUAAAGAAAUUUCAGAAAGUCUGAAGGUUAAUAUGGAGCCGAAAGUGACUCUCAGAGAAAUAAUAACAGAAAACAAAGAGAAAAUUCAUGAGUUGGAUACUCCAAAGGAAGUGCCUACAGAAACUUCAGAAGCUCUGAAGGUUAAUACAGGGCUGAAGGUGACUCUCAGAGAAAAAAUAAGAGAAAACACAGAGAAAAUUCAUGAGUUGGAGAUGCAGAAGGAACUGACUGGAGGAAUUUCAGAAGCUCUGGAGAUUAUUAAGGGACUGAAGGUGACUCUCAGAGAAAAAACAAGAAGAAACAAAGAGAAAACUCAUGAGUUGGAGAUGGAGAAAAAAGUGACUAGAGAAAUUUCAGAAGCUCUGAAAGUUAAGAGCUGGCUGAAGGGGACUCUCAAGGAAAAAAUAAGAAGAAAUAAAGAGAAAACUCAUGAGUUGGAGAUGCAGAAGGAAGUGGCUACAGAAAUUUCAGAAGCUCUUGCUUCACAUUCUGUGGCUGAAAAAACAGGGAAGCUUGUAGCUGUACUAUAUCCUCAGCAGGUUUCUUCCAUUAAGAGGCUUCCUCAAGCAUCGGCUCACUCCUUACAGAAGCGCUCCAUUUUACACUUUCCAACUCAGCUACCUCCUUUGACUUCUUCUUUUGUAGUGGAUGGUGGAGGUGAGGAACAUCCUGAUAAAGUGGUCUUUAUUCUGAAAUCUGGCAACAGAUCAGCAAGACCGAGCCAUGUAAAACACCUUGUAACCAGUGAGCAUGCAAAAGAGAAAAAUGCUCAGAACGAACAAAUUGCAGAGAAACUUUUGGAGAAGGAACUUGAGUCUCAGGAGUCGAGAAAGGAAAAUCUUCUCAGACAUUUAAUAAUUGGAGGAAGCAACUCUAGACUUAAUACGGAGGAGUCUGAAACUUUGAACGAACUGUUGCCUGAUAAAACAUUGUCCAAUGAAGCGUAUUGGGAUUAUCAGGAACAAAGCACUUCUGCUCCCCUUUUAUCUGACUUUUUAUCAAGCACUGAUAACUAUUUUCUUCAGGGCGAUGUCUUUGAAGCUGAGGUGCAAAAACAGUUGGCACACCUGAUCCUUAACGAGCCUAGGAGGAAUCUAACUGCCCACUUGAUCCGUAUGAUAAAUGUGAACUGCAGAGAACCGACUACCCAGACGUCUUGUGAUUUUCUCAUCUCUAGAAUAGGGCUUGUAAUGAAACUCUUCAAUAACAGAAAAACCAUCCAGGAAGCAUCUGCUCUGUUGAAAUCCGACUUGUUGCUAACUAAAAAUGAAACCAAUAUGAAUAUACCAAGCUCCAGAAAAAUGAAAAAACCUUCUAAUGAGAUACCAAAGCAGGGAAUUCUACAAUAUGGGAAUGGCCUCAAAUGGUGGUUGGCUGUUUCUGUGACAACUGUGAUGGUGGUUAUUAUUGUAAUAAUUUGUUUGAUUGAGAUCUGUUGUCAUCAAACUACCAAAGGAACAGAAGGAACCUCUCCUGUAAAAUGGACAUUUCUGGGUAGAAAGAAGGAAGAUAAACCUGAAAAACAGAUUUCAGCAUCUUCUUUCGACAAGCCUCCUUGGCUUAAGGAUAUGUAUCAAUCUCUUGAUAAAGUAGGCAAAAAAUACAGCAGUGAUAAAUCUGAUGAUGAAGAAUCCUCCGAAGAGGAAGAGAUAUUCAAUCGUGAAAGCGCAAGAUCUCCAGAAAUACCUGGGCCUUUUCCUGCGAAAGUAACGGAGAUAAUGCCACCACCCCCACCAGCAGCAACUGAACCUCCAGCUCCGGCUAAGGCUCCGGCUCCGGCUCCGGCUCCCGCUCCGGCUCCCGCUCCGGCUCCCGCUCCCGCUCCUGCUCCCGCUCCCGCUCCCGCUCCUGCUCCUGCUCCUGCUCCCGCUCCUGUUAAAAAGGCCAGUUCAAAGAAACUGUCUGAAAAAGAGACAGCCACUAGUGAAACCUCACCAACUGAGUCUGAAAAAGAGACGCCCACUAGUGAACCCUCACCAACGACUGAGUCUGAAAAAGAGACGCCCACCAGUGAAAGCUCUCCAAAGACUGAGGCUUCAGAAGAAGAAGGAACUGAAGCUACGUCAAAGAAAACAAGUUCAGAAGAAGGAGAUGAAGAUGAAGAAGACUAAUCCUACUUAUGUAUUGCUAUAUAUUUUAUUAUUAAAUACAUUUCUCAGUA